UGAGACAACAUGUCUGGGAUCAAGAGAGCAGUUGCGGAGAAGGACCCUGACUAUGAGGAGAUCGCAGUCACACAUCCCAAUAAGCGCCACAAAGCAGCUGAACAGUCAGCUCGAGAUGUUGCUGUGCAGAAGAUUGAGACAAUUAUAAAAGAACAGUUUGCGGUAGAAAUGAAGAAUAAAGAACACGAAAUUGAAGUUAUAGAUCAGCGCCUGAUCGAAGCAAGAAGGAUGAUGGAUAAGCUGCGGGCCUGCAUCGUGGCCAACUAUUAUGCUUCUGCUGGUCUCCUUAAAGCUGGAGAGGGGACAAGGUCAUGUGAUGCAACGAUUCUUAAUCACCCUUCAAUCAAAAAGUUUUUAGAAUCGCCCUCCAGAUCCUCAUCCCCUGCUAACCAGGGGUCAGACACUCCAUUUGCCAACCACUCCGAAAGCGACUCGCUCUCUCAGCACAAUGACUUCCUCCUGGACAAGGAUAAUGGCAACCUGGAUGGAGAGGAAAGGCUGGCCAAUAGCCUGGACCAGAGACAGAGCAGAAAUACUGGCCGGGAGAGUUCAGGUGUUUCAAACUCUCAAAAAGCAGGACAACGAAAUGCCGGAUUGUCAAAUGAUGAGACUUCACGGCUUUAUGUGAAGAAAACAAUUGUGGUUGGCAACGUCUCCAAAUACAUUCCCCCAGACAAGAGAGAAGAAAAUGAUCAGUCAACCCAUAAAUGGAUGGUCUAUGUCCGAGGCUCUCGGCGAGAACCCAGCAUAAAUCAUUUUGUCAAGAAAGUUUGGUUCUUCCUCCACCCCAGUUACAAACCUAAUGACCUGGUAGAAGUGAGAGAACCUCCGUUUCACCUGACCAGGAGAGGCUGGGGAGAGUUUCCUGUGAGAGUCCAGAUUCACUUUAAGGAUAGCCAGAACAAGAGGAUUGAUAUCAUACACAAUUUGAAGUUGGACAGGACCUACACAGGCCUGCAGACGCUUGGCGCAGAAACGGUAGUGGAUGUGGAGCUACAUAGGCAUUCCCUUGGCGAGGAGUAUCUCUUUUCCCAGUCUCCAGAGUCUGAGCUUUCUGAUGUUCCUACAUCUUUACCACUGCCAUUGAGUAUCCCAGCACCAGUUAAAGCUUCUUCACCAAUUAAACAGUUGCAUGACUCCAGCCCGGAUGCUUCUGCAGACAAAGGAUUCCCUGGGAAUGCUGAAACUGAAAGACAUGCCACGUUUUAUUCUCUGCCAUCUUCGAUAGAACGGACUCCCACCAAAUUAGCCACACAGAAAGUUGCCUUGGGCUCUCAUGGAAAUUCAGCCUUUCAACCCAUUGCAGCUAGCUGCAAAAUAGUGUCUCAAGGUCAGAUUCCCAGCCCUGCAGAGUCUCCAGGAAAAUCCUUCCAGCCUAUCACCAUGAGUUGCAAGAUUGUAUCAGGUUCUCCAAUAUCGACCCCUAGUCCAUCUCCGCUACCUCGUACCCCAACCUCCACUCCAGUGCCCAUGAAGCAAGGCUCUGCUAGCUCAGUCAUUAAUAAUCCGUAUGUUAUUGUGGACAAGCCUGGACAGAUGGUUGGAGCAGCAACCACGAGCACAGGGAGCCCAACCAGCAAACUGACAAAUGUUUGUCAGGCCUCUCAUGGAACUGGAUCUCCUGUAUCAAAGACCCAUGGGAGCAGUUUUGUAACCUCAGCUGUCAAGCAGGAGGAUUCUCUUUUUGCCACCAUGCCACCCCUUUGUCCCAUUGGAAGUCAUUCCAAGGUGCAAAGCCCCAAAUCCGUGACGGGAGGCCUUGGAGCUUUUACGAAGGUGAUAAUAAAACAGGAACCAGGAGAACUGCCCCAGCAACCCCAGGUGCCGUCAACGGGGACAACCACUCAGACCUCCGUGCAGCAGUAUGUCACUGUGAAAGGAAGCCACAUGUUAGCCUUGUCACCACAGAAGCCGAUCGUGAGCACAGGAGAGGGCACAGUGCAGUCUAAGGUUGUUGGUGUCCCAGUUGGUUCUGCUUUACAGUCAACAGUGAAGCAAGCGGUGGCCAUCAGUGGUGGCCAGAUACUUGUGGCAAAAUCUAGCUCUUCAGUAGCAAAAGCUGUUGGUCCAAAGCAGGUUGUGACUCAAGGUGUAGCCAAAGCCAUUGUAAGUGGAGGUGGAGGGACGAUUGUUGCCCAGCCUGUGCAGACUAUAACCAAGGCACAGGUGGCAUCAGCAGGUGCUCAGAAAAGCACAUCUCAAGGCUCAGUGAUGGCUACACUGCAAUUACCAGCCACCAACUUGGCAAACUUGGCAAACUUACCACCAGGCACCAAACUUUACCUCACCACCAACAGCAAGAAUCCUUCUGGGAAAGGAAAACUGCUUCUGAUACCCCAAGGAGCCAUAUUGCGAGCCACAAAUAGUGCUAGUCUCCAGUCUGGUGGCACUACUAAUUGUGGAGGAGCAGGAGGAGGAGGAGGAGGAGGGACCCAAAGCACAAGUAGUAACUUGUCACAGCAUCUCACCUAUACGUCCUACAUCUUGAAGCAGACACCGCAGGGCACUUUUCUGGUCGGUCAGCCUUCUCCUCAGAGUUCUGGGAAGCAGCUGACGCCAGCAUCAGUUGUUCAGGGCAGUGUAGGAGUUGGAUCAUCAUCUACACAAGGACAACAGGCAUUAAAAGUGAUAACUGGACAGAAAACGACUUUAUUUACACAGGCUGCACCCAGUGGACAGACAUCAUUGGUGAAAAUAUCAGAUGGCUCUAUAAAAUCAGUGCCUACCUCAUCCCAGCUUUCCAAGCCUGGCACCACUGUGCUGAGAGUAUCAGGAGGCGUUAUCACCACAGCUGCCACUUCUGCCAUGGCCCUUCCCACAAAUGGGGUGGCCCAGCAAAUAGAUAAUGCAAGUACCAGUUCAUCAACUUCUGGAGGUCCUAUAGCAAAGACGUCUGGACAGCAACACCAAAUCUGUAUCAACCAGGGCCAGUCUACUUCAUCGGUAGUGAAUAAGACUGCUACCUCUACUGUUGUAAGUGUUGCUUCUCUGAUGACCACGCCAACGCCUGUGGCUGGGAAAGCUGCCGUAUCAGGUUUGCUGAAAAUCCACUCAAAUCAGUCCAGUCCACAGCAGGCUGUUUUGACAGUUCCCAGUCAGCUUAAACAGCUCGGCGUAAGCACAGCUUCCGGAGGUGUUCAGACAAUACUCAUGCCUGUGAACAAAGUGAUACAGUCACUUUCUACCAGCAAAGUUUCAGCUGUCACGACAGCCAGUGCAGUUGUCCUUAGUCCAUCUGCAGCUUCUGUCACUAAAGUUAAGAUGGAGCCUGAUUCAGCAGGACAAAACUGCAGUUCUGUGGGAACUCAAGAAGACCAAGCAGCAGUAAAAACUGAAGAGAACUCGGAACUUGGAAAUUAUGUUAUCAACAUAGAAUAUUUGGAGAACAUACAGCAGCUUUUAACAGCAGUAGUCAAGAAGGUUCCAUUAAUUGCUGAAAGAAGUGAAGAUGUCAGCUCCUUUUGCGCCAGUUCAGUGGAACAGUACUAUAGCUGGAAUAUUGGCAAGCGCAGGGCAGCCGAGUGGCAACGAGCAAUGACAGUUAGAAAAAUCCUGCAAGAAAUCAUAGAGAAGCACCCUAGGUUUCACAAUAUCACACCCCUGAAAAUUAGACACGUGGUACAGUGGUGUCGAUGCCACGGCUACACCCCCCCUGACCCCGAGACCUUGCGGAAUGAGGAGGACUCCAUCGAAGAUGUGCUGACACAGAUAGACAAUGAGCCGGAAUGCCCUUCGUCUUACACCAGUGGUGAGGAGCUGUGCCGAAAACUGGAGGAACUGCAGCAGUUUCUGAAGCGGGAACCAGAGCAUGAAGAGGAAAUAGAUAUUCUCAACUUCAGUGAGCCAUUAAAAAUAAACAUCAAAAAGGAACAAGAGGAGAAGCAAGAGGAGAUGAAAUUCUAUCUGGCUUCCUUGCCUGCAUCAGAGUUUGUGAGGAAUACAGCAGAAAAGAUCGGGAUUUCUUUUCAUCCUGCUGAGGUACACAAGGAUGUUUAUGCAUCCGUAAUAGAAGAUAUGAUUUUAAAGGCCACUGAACAGCUUAUGAGUGAUAUCCUGCGGCAGGCACUGGCUGUAGCGUACCAGACAGCACCUCACAACAGGACUCCGAAAGAGAUCACAGUGAUGAAUAUUCAUAAAGCCAUCUGUAAUAUUCCCUUUCUUGACUUCCUCACAAACAAACAUAUGAAGAUACUAAAUGAGGAACAAUGAAAUAGAACAGAGAAGAUGCUACAGGAAAGGUGGAUUUAUGAUGGAAGAUGGGAUGACAAAUCCAGUAUUUCUGUAGGACACUAUUAUAUACAUUUAUAACAUUGGGCUACUAGAUUGUUACCUCCAAUUAAAGCUGCACCUUAAUACAACAAAAUCGUGCUCUGUUCCAAAUCAAGUUGUUAAAUGUCAGUGUUUACUCAGUAGGUGUGUGUUCAGUGGCUGAACAAACAUUGUCAGUUUGCAUCAAGUUGCUAACUGUGAAAGACUACACAGGCCUUGUAUGUGUGAUGACAGCUGUAUUGAUUGAGUGUUUUUUGUUGUUUUUUUUUUGGAAAAGAAAUUAUUCUUCGUUACUUUGCCUGCUUUUUGAUACAGACUACUUAUGAGUUGGUCUGCACAUGCAGUGGGCAGAGCAGUUGUGUUGGCGUGCUGAAUAUGGGCAACUUUUAAAGGUGGGCUGUUUGACUAAGUGGUGGAUGGUUAGG